UUUAUCAGAAAACUAUGUUAGGUGUUAUUAAUAGUUUAUUAAAUUAAUAAUAUUUCCCAAAUAAACCUUUUUUUUAUUUUUGUCUGAUGCGUUGAUCUUGUGUUUUAUCGUAAAGUAUUUUAAGUUUAUGAGACGUUUUGAUAUGUUUUAUAUAGCAUUGGCCGACGCGAUAGGUAGGUUCUGCGAGGACGCCGCAGAGUCACAGGCGCCGAGCAAACAAUCAUGGUAAUAAAAGCUUCAUAAAAUAUUUAAAGUGGUGCCGAGGCUGUGAGGGCCGAAAUACAAUUAUGCAUGAUCCUCGGCAAAGGUAUUCGGGCGCCACCAUCUGCGUGAAAAACGAUGGAAAGCAACGUGUGGCUUGUUAUUGAGGAUAUCGAUUUAAAACACAACGCUUUUGGUACCGCGCCGGCACCGGUGUUUAGUGUACAGGGUAAUACAUCGUUUACGCCUAUCAGUUUACGUUAGAGUUACCGGUUGCUAAUUUGAUGUAUAAUGUUGUGUUAUAAAUAAAAGUGUCAGUUUUAAUGCUAUUUUUGGGUGAUUGAUUUAGACAUGAUGUAUUAUGCGAGUACAAAGUGACAGGAUGUACAAAUAUAUCGUGUGAUAGGUGUACCAGAAGGUGUAAUAUGUCGCUUAUCUCCGUUGUAUAUGAAAGCAAAUAGCAUAAUCCUAUGCGCUUUAAACAAUGAAUAUUCAUAAAAUGAUCUGACGUAGAUCAUAAGGGUUCAGAGCGAUUACACGGAAAUUUAAUCUAGCCCGCGUCUUGUACGGUAAACUAUCGUCUUUUUUCCACGGAUCCCUAAUCUGCCGCAGCGUAAUAACCGUCCGUACAAGAACAGAAUUCAAUUCAUUCUCGUAUUUCAGUCUGGUAGCAGUUGCGUGUUAGAAAAAUGUGGUCCCAACUGAAAGAAAGCGUCCAGGGACACGCGUCAAGCAUGCUUAAGGAUAUAUCUGGAAAAUUCGUAACUUCAGACAACGGAGAAGGCUGCAGUGAACAACAUUGGCAACGGAACGCAAUGAAAAAUGUCGUGACACCCAAAAGUAUUCCACAGUUUACCCUCCCGCCUUUACUAACUUAUGAAGCAACGCAAUCAACAAAGGACGAAGACCAAGCGAAAGUGAAACAACCGACAAAACAAGCCGUGCAAGAAACCAAAGAAUCAAACACAAGUCCUGCAAUGCACCUUAAAAAGGAACAAUCUUUCGUUACUCCUUCGCGCAGAGUAAUAGAUUCAAAGAAAAAGCGAUUUGACAAUCAGAAUCAACAGCCUGGUCUCUCCUUGUCCCAUCUUCUUUCCACCAAGUCUGGAUUCUCAACUCUGACAGAAAGUCCAAACACAAGAAGAAAAGAAUCUUUAUUUCUCUCACCUUCCCCAACUUACCAUCUUAGCGAAAUCCCGACAGACACAAGAAGCGUUGAUCAUUCGAGUUCAGAUUCAGACAUGAGUAGAAAUAUGUCGCCUUCUUCGUCCCCGCAUUUGGAUAAAUUACGUCAUAGAAGGCUACUUGGCAGAACCACAUUGGAUACUGACAGUUCUUCGGCGCAAUCUACACCGUUUGCAUCACCUGCCCAGCAUCGUAAACUCUCGGCGAAACAACACAGCGAGCCGACAGGACGCUGCGGCGGCGCUGGCGGCAUUGCUGAUGCGAUGAAAAAUGGGAACCGAAAUAAACAAGAGACUUCCAGUCAGCCGAAGGCGAAAAACAGCCAGGAAACGCAAUGCGUCGGUAACACGGUGAAACGAAGCCACAGCGCAUCGAGUAUUCUCACAAAUUCGACAGCUCGUGACUCCUCGUGCAAACAGAGCGACCCUGAAAGUAACCCACGAAUACACGUCAUCGUGACGUAUCUACCCUCUCAAGAAAAGCUGAACGUAUCGAUUCUGGAAGGCGAAAAUUUCGACGAAGGGAGGCUUGUUUAUUUAAAGUUGUCUUUGCUUCCACGACAUUAUGGGAGCCGACGGACCGACCCAAUUAAGAUGACGGCAAGAAGAGCGGAUAUAAAAGAGAGGUUUUCAUUCGACCAAGUACAAAAUGAUGACGUACCUCACAUGACGUUAGAGAUCUCGUCAAAAGAAAAACUCAGCCGACUGCGUCAUGCCAACGUAGUAGGGAAGUGUGUGUUAACUCUGUGUGACAUCGACCUAAGCACAUCUAAUGACAUAUGGUUAGAUUUGAAAGCCCCCGCCGUUGCGGAGCUUCCCCACCUACAACUCUCUUUAUGCUACCAUGCAAUGUUGGGUUUCGUAACCGUAGAAGUAAUUGCAGCUCGUAACAUCCCUAAAGGAAGCCUGGGUCGAUCGCAAGAUUGCUACGUCGUUUUGGCCGAGGAACCACCUAGCGGUAAAUCUGCAAAAAAGCAAACCAAAAUUUCUCACCGAAAUCAAGACCCAGUGUUUCAAGAAUCGUUUAUAUUUUCCAUGCCGAACGACCAGCUUGUUAUAUUAGCCACGCUAUUCGUUAAGGACAAAGUUAAGGGCAAUUGGGUAUCGUGUGGGCAAGUGAAAUUGGGCCAAGCGGUCAGUACGUGGAGCGGACAGUUGCAAUGGGCUCAAGCUCUUGACAGGGAGGGGCAACCUGUCACAUUUUGGCACUUAUUGAGUUUACCUUUUUAGCGUCCAACGCUAUAGCUUUACUUCAAAUAGUUUCAGAGUAUAGGCUAUAAUGCACACCAUACACAAAUCACAUACCGACGUUUUAUUAUUAUUUUGGCCGUCGCACUGCCCCUUUAUUUGCCGCAAGUGUUUAAAGCUAGGUGCUGUUUAUAACAUCCAAAUUUCAUAUCUCAAUCCAGUUCCGAUUAAAAUUCCAUAUUUUGCGGUUAAUUUUGCUGAUACACGUCCUUUAUCAUUUAGUGCGUUAAAUACGCGACUGACGCAAUUAAACGCUCCAUACGUUUUAUUUUAUUUGACUUGCUGGUCUUAUGUCGAUUAACUAGUAACUGUGCAAUUUUUUUCAUGUUUAUUGUAUCGAUUAGAAAUAGUUGUAGGGUAAAUGCGUGCUACCUUAGUCAACGAAAUUACUGUCGUGAACAUUUUAUGGCAAUCGAUUAUCUAUGAUUUAGGGCGACAACGUUUUACUCUUACGAAAUCUGUGCUUUAUUUGUAAUAGUAUUUCAAAAACAGUGUUAAAAAUAAAGACGCUAGAAUACCGUAAA